CAUCGGCCAAAGCGGCACAUGCUGCCAAAGGGUGGGAGAAGGUAGCGAAUGCCUCUCGAAGGAAGCAGGAAGAGAUCGGCGUCUGCUGGAGCGGAUGGAGGCCGACGAGAAAGAGAAGGGGAAAUACAUGGACAAGUUCCGCUGGGGCGGUGCUAUCAAGAAGGAGCCUGCGAGUCCAUGAGUGUCGGCCUACAAGAACGCGCGGAAGUAUGUUGGCUGUUUCAGGGAUGGUUCUGAAACAGCGACAUCCCUGAAACAGCCAACAGCGAUACACACAGACACACACACACACACACGCCGACGUGACUAACGGGCGAAACUCACUGUGACGGACACCAGUGCACUGGCGAGCGAACACCCCGCAUCUACAUCAACUAUAACUUAUAUAUAUAUAUAUGUAAGAAGUUCCAGAAUGGAAGGCGCUGCAAGAAGAGAGAGCUCUAAAUUUAGACAUAUCAUGGAGAGAGUGGGCACAAUGAUGUGUGUCAUCAGGAGGGGGCCAUUGCCGGUGGUUUCGUACAGAGUUCCACACAACCAGCAGCUCGCAAACAGACGAAUCACAAUAAGAACGUAGCAGGAUCUCUAUCAAGAAAGAUUUCACGAUGCAAACAUGUGAUAGCCUGUACGAAUGAUGGAAUUCUCGACGAUCAAAGUGAUAGUGCGGACAGUCACUCCCCUGAGCAGUGGAGGACUAGGUCUCAGAAUGGGAUGCGGAGCUGAUUCGGCCUUCAUCGGCGCAAAGCUGGUAGUGCCGAGCCCUCGAGUGUCCGCCAGUGCUCCCUAUAUAUGGCAGGAUACCAACACCACCAGAAUCCCUCCGCUCGCCAUCAAGAUCCGAGAGGUGGUGGAACGUUCGCAAGCUUUCUUCAGCUGGUCGCAUAGCGUAGUCUCCACUGGUAAGCUGCGAUCUGGCCAUCUGAUAUGACAAGCUCAAGGUCUUCUUCUUGCUCCUGCUCUUGCUCCCGUCCUGCGUCGCCCCUACAGAUGGAUCAGGCAUGGGCAGGUCAAAGUCUCGGUUCUGUUUUUUCUUCUACUGGGUGUGACAACUGCUCGGCGUGAAAGCAACAUUGUGAUAGUCAGGGUCGGCCUGGCGCGUCUUCCAAGGUCGCAUACUGCAGCCCGUCAGACAAGCACCAUAGGUGAAUGGCUGAUGCAACUCUUUGUUCGAGGGCCAUUGGGUCUGUUGCUGAUACGAAAGGGCCGCGCUGGACGUAUCCAUUGCCCCAGGCCUAGAGAGAAUUGAUUGGAUACUCGCCCCCUUGAGACGAAAGAGAAAUCCUGGAAAGGACAAAUGCAUAGACAAGAGCAGCGUGAAGGACAAACCCUAUCCCAGUGCUCCUUUUCACCUGUCAAGUCGCAUCGUAGACCCUCCACCGAUCCCCCCGUCUGUUUCUUGUCCCUUGCAGGGACUUGCUACUGUUAUGUAAUACGGAUUGUGUGCAAGUAAGGCGGGCGGGGGGGGAGGCGACGUCACGCCGUGUGUGACGCGAGGACCAUGACGCCUGUUGGCAAUGCGACGAGGAGGCGUUUCGCCUGAGGAGCGAUAGGACGGAUUCUUGCGAUUACUGGAGCGCCACUGGUCAUACGACGACGGAGCCACGGCCUCCAUACGCUGUCCAUGUGCAAAAACAGUAGAUACCGUUUAUGGCACGCCAUUGUCGUCUCUCGCCUACAUUGUUGUUGGCGUUUGCGGGGAAGUGGUCUUCCCUUCCAUUCCUCAGAUGCAGGCGUCGAGGGUUGCUACUUCCUCCUCUUGGUCCCGCUGACGGGGGGCUUGGACUUCUGAUAGCCAGACGCACCCUUGCACAAACAAUAUCGUCACACCUUCGCUCUCCUUGAACUUUUUAAUUGCCACGACCUCUUGCGUCUCCUGCAUACAUGCCGCCAUGCCGAGAAGGCCACACACGUAUCGAGGAGUAAAGAUGAGGUGAAUUCAUGCUUUCUGGCAUUACUCGUGCGUGCAAGGUCCCACUUUGUCUGUCUUCCCCUCCCCCCAGCACAACGAGUCAUCAAACGGCUUUCCAACUGCAGUAUAUAUUUGUGCCAGUGCCACUGCCAUAUUGUCUCCUACCUGAACAUUGAUCCAUUGAAGCUCGUCUUUUGAAGCCCCCUCCCCCUUGAACGGGGGGAGGGGGCGACAUUGCAUUGUCCGGCCGAACAUCUGACUUCACACGAUGUGCAUUGACUGCAAUCACCCAUCAAAAACAGUCGAUUCUCGGCUUCUGGACAAGUCCUACCGCUAAUGACUGAGUCCUCUUCAUCCGCUCUUCCCGGAUCCUUGCAAAAUACAGUCAAAUCGUUGUGGCUCUUGCAUUCUCCCUUUCACGAUCUACCCUAAACGUCAGCCCGUGGCCAAUCGCGAUCACUGGUUUACUGUUUAUAAUCGACUUUGGUGCGACACUUUGCCUGGUGUCCCUUCCCGAUCGCCUCCCAUUACUCGGGGGCCCCUCUACAGCUCUGCACGAGGGGAAGUAUUCCGUGUUGUUCGCAUGUAUGGCCUUGCGGCGCCUGAUGGCAAGGUUUACUUUCGAUGGGAUCUCAAUUAUUGUGAUCCUCUUCUGUUUGCCUUUUCUUUGCUCACCUCUCGCUCACUGCAUGUGCAUGAAGCGGUCGCCACGUUUCUGCUUUCUGCGAAAGCCUCGCGAAAGUGGUGGGUUGCGUUGCAUCCGGUGCUUCCUUCUCCGGACUCGUGAUUUUCUAUGGACUCACACAGACCCUUUCUUGCGUACCCGUUCGGGGGGCCGGGGGGCAAGGUCCCCGUGAGGUUAACGAACGAACGAACGAACCUCCCCCCUCGUAACCGUUCGUCGAGCCGCGUUCGGGCGAGGCCCAUCGAAGAAUUUAUCGAACUUUAGCAUGAGGCCCUGACCUUGUUUCGGCAUCGCAACACAACCGCAUAUGCCCCCCUCACCAACGACGCCCAACACUUUGUGCGAAAAAGGCAAUCCUGACACACUUCAUACUUAUUCAUCAAGCUGAGGAGAUUGCGUGUUGAGGCACCAAAGGGGUUUACGUUGCGUUACACUGCUGCUGCUCCCCUAACACAACUUUCGUUUGGGAAGAUGAAGCGGGCAGCUGAAGGACCGGAGGAGGACGUGAACGGCCACCCAGCUAAGAGGCAAGUUGCUCAAGAGGGAGAUCUGGGGCAUGAAUCGUGCGUGCGCAGGGUUGCUCGUGAUGGCGUAGCUGAGGAGGAAGAUGAGGUGAAAGAGGACUUCGGGGGCUUCCCGUCGGAGGAGACCAUGAAUGAACUGGAAAACAGUGAGUCACAGAGCCACAUGUCCUUCGUCCGCUCGUUUGUUGUGUGCCCCGUUUGCUUAUGUCUCGCACGUGUCCGUCAGUCCAAAAGGAAUUGUUCAAACUGGUAGGAACGACCGACACUCAGAGGAUCACAUGCAUCUGAUGGUUCGUGCCCUUCCUCAGGACGACGAGUGCGCCAAGGAGCAGAUGGAAGUGCAGAAGAAAUACGGUGGGGUACACAAUCUUUCGUACACACGUAUCAUAGCGUGUCGCCCGCAUACACCUCUCAGACAAACAGAAGAAGCCUGCGUUCGACAAGCGCAACGAAAUCAUUGCCGCCAUCCCGCAGUUCUGGCUGCAAGCCUUCAAGAACCACAAGGGCAUCUACAUACAUCAAGAAGACGAGGAGCUCCUCGGGGUAGGGUAGGGCAUGGCAGCAGACAGGGGAACGAAAAUAGCGCAAAAUUCAUACACACAGUCGCAUCGUGAGUUCUAUCAGCAUCUGAAAACUAUCGAAGUGGAUGACAACCUGGAUCACAUGGGAUCAUACAAGCUGACAUUCGUAAGAAGUGCUGAAAGGACACGUUUCUUCUUCAAGGUACGCGGGAGUUACUCGCGAGUAACAAUCUGUGCAUUGUGCAGCAUUUUGAGCCGAAUGACUUUCUGGAGAGUCUGACAAUGUCCAAGAAGACCACGAUUCUGGACGGCAAUGAUGAAGUGUGCGAGAUCAGCCCCAUCGUUUGGCAGGAGAACAUGGUGAGCAGCAGGGAGCAGAUUAGCCCUCUGAUGGGCGGCAUGUGUAGCGUGAACUUCUGUCGAGUCAGGACAUUGUAUCCCGCAUUCGCGAGAGGCGCAAGCAGCAACAAGAGAAGGGAGAAUCGCCUGUAGACAGCGACUACUCACUCUUCGAAUGGUAUAUGUACACACAUGAGGAUUGCCAGUACGUGGGGGUUUGUGUGCACUUUUCUCAGGUUCACGCAGGAGGCUCCUGACGACAUACCUGAUUUGGGUGAGGUGAUCCGCCGCGAGCUGUGGCACGACCCGCUCCAAUACUACCUAGAGGUCAGCGGUUGGGCAGACAUGCGACGACCAACAUGCCUUUGUGUACACUGUCUGCACGCAUGUUGCGCAGGAGUGUGACGAGGGGGGUCUGAUCGACGAGGAAGAGGGCGAGGAAGAAGAAGAUGAGGCCGAGGGCGAAGAGUACACGCCGAUGGAUGGUAGUUUGGUCAGAUAAGGGAAGGCUUCUGAUGUGAAUCAGUGUAUGAACCUUUUUUGCGUGAAAAGACGUGAAAGAUAACCCAUACGUGGAGAAAUAAUGAAUCAUGUUGCCA